AGGUAUUCUUCCUACAAGGUCCAUAAUAUGGAUGAUGGUGUUCACUUGUACCCUCUUCCUUUACAUGUUGAGGAUAAAUCUCUCCAUCAUAAUCCUAGCAAUGGUGGAACCUGUCAAGAGCAAUAACAACAGUGUGUUCGUACCGGAAUGUAAAAAAAUCACUGGAAGCUUGACAAAUAGCUCAGAAAAUGUCGAUCACACUUCAGUCGUACCAGAUUACGGAGUCAGAUAUCCUUGGGAUGGCAAACUGCAAGGGAUCAUGCUGGGCGCAUAUUUUUGGGGAGCCGUGAUAUCGGCGAUCCCAGGGGGAGCCCUAGCAGAGCGAUUCGGCCCUACGAGGUGCACCACGAUCAGUUUCGUAGGUAGCGGAGUGUUGACCAUGGUAGGACCCUGGACGGCUUCUUUGCAUCCCUACUUGCUCAUAGGGUCUAGGUUCCUGAUCGGGGUGCUAGGGGGAGUGGUGUACCCGUGCCUGCACUGCCUGAUAUCCCGCUGGGCGCCUCCCGAAGAAAAGGGCAAGUUCAUCGGCGCCCUCAUGGGAGCCUCCCUGGGCACCGUGGUCACGUGGCCUCUCUUAGGCACCGUCAUCGAGCACCUGGGCUGGCAGUGGGCCUUCUACGGCUGCGGAGCCCUAGUGCUGCUCUGGACCUUCUUGUGGACGAUGUGCGUGGCCGAUUCGCCAGACGCUCAUUCCAGGAUUUCCGAGGAGGAGAGGAAGUUUAUAUUGGAGAAGUUGUCGGCUGUCAAUCAGAGCAACAUAAAAAAACUGCCCCCAUACAAAGCCAUGGCACUAUCCAUCCCCUUUUUGGCCUUAAUAAUCCUCCACUUCGGCAACCUGUGGGGCCUCUUCUUCCUCAUGACAGCCGGCCCCAACUUCAUGUCCUCGGUCCUGGGAUUCACCCUGGGCCACACGGGCUUCCUGGCCUCGCUGCCCUACCUGGCCAGGUUGAUUUUCGGCUUCGUGUUCGGCUACCUCGGUGACGUCAUCACGAGGAAGGGUUGGAUGGGCAAGACGACGAUCAGGAAGAGUUUCGUCGUGUUCUCUCAUUUUCUUCCGGGCAUUUUCCUGUUCGCGCAAACCAUGAUCGGCUGCGACAUCUCCUGGUCCAUAGUGCUGAUCACCAUGUCCUUGGGCAUGAACGGAGCGGCCACCAUCACCAACCUCCACAACUCCCAAGACUUGGCGCCCAAUUACGCCGGCACUCUGUACGGCAUCAUCAACGCCAUCGGGAGUACCACAGGGUUCAUAUCGCCGGCUAUUGUCGGUUAUCUCACCGCCGAGCAUAAUGGAUUGGAUCAGUGGCACAUAAUCUUCUACAUAGGGGGGUCAGUUUAUAUAGGGUGUGGUAUAGUAUUUUGCAUUUUUGGAUCUGGCAAUGUUCAACCGUGGAAUGACCCUGUACCAUUGGUCGAAAACAAGAAUUCUAGUAUUCCGGAUGGCGUGGAGAAUAUUGCCUUCGAUGAUAUCGAAAAAAAAUUAUGAGAUAUUUUAAAAAUAAUUGGAUAAGUGUCAACGUACCUUUUCCAAUGGCAGCUAUUUCUCAUUAA